AUGGAGGAAACCAGGAGAUUUGUGUGUGAUGAGUGUGGGGAAAUCCUGAACAGCAGCAGCAGGCAUGUGCAGCAUGCCCUGUCACACCGAGGAGUGACUGUGUUCUGCUGUGAAAAAUGUGAGGAAGUGUUCUUGAGUGAGAGCAAGCUGAACCAACACUUGGACAAGCACAACUCUGCCAGGAAACAUGAAUGUGAAGUGUGUGGAAAACGGUUUCACAAAUCAACAGAUAUGAGAGCGCAUACAUUACAGCAUUAUGGGGUGAAGGAAUAUAAAUGUAAUGAAUGUGGGAAAGAGUUUGGUACCAGGAAGAGUCUUAUUCAGCACAGCAAGAUUCAUUCUGAUGUGAAGGAAUAUAAGUGUUUCAGGUGUGGCAAUGAGUUCAGAUGGAAGGGUCACCUCACACAACACAUGAAGAGAAUUCACAACCAAGAGAAAAGUGUCUUCUGUGACAAGUGUGGGGCAGGUUUCUUCAGCCAGGAGUGUCUAGCAAAACAUAGGUUUGUUUGUUCUGUUGGAAAGAGAGAACAGAAGUGCAGCAAUGAUGAUAUGAAAUUUACAUCAAAGAACCAAUUAGAACAACCCACGAAGGGCCCCAGGAAGGCAGAGCUCUUUGUGUGUGAGGAGUGCGACAAAGUGUUCACCCGCAAGAGUCACCUCGCUCUGCAUGUCAACAAGCGACACCAGGGAAUGAGCAAGCACACGUGUCCUGAGUGUGGCAGGUCCUUCAGCCAGCGGGACCAUCUCAAUGUGCACAUGAACUCCUGCACUGAGUAGUGGAGGCAGGCUGUGCAGUGUUAUAGGAUGAGGCGCAGUGGAGUUGCGUUAUCACUGCCAGGUAACAUGCCACCUCCUGUGUGGUGUGGCAGAUGGAAAGGAAAAAAAAUUAGGAUAAAUCUUCAAGUGCAUGAGGGUAAGGAUGAUUUAUAUUAAUUAAUUACUCAUGUUUAUUUAUUUGUAUGGGCCAUCCCAUGUGGAAUUGCCAGCCUGGUAUACAAAUAGAUUACAGAGGGUGUCUGAGUUAUGAGGUAACGAGUUACAAACAUUCAGAGAUAUGAGCAGUCUACUUGCAAAAUGAAAUUGCCAACCAAAAGUUCAAAUAUGUUGCUACACGCCAUAUUUACCUAGUAUGCCACUUUGCCACUACCCAUGUACCACAGCACCAUACCGAAGGACUGCCCACCACCCCAGAACACAGGUCCCAUUCCCUUGUAGGUCCCAUUCCCUUGUACACCUGCCAGUGGAUAGGACAAGCUCUAUUGUGCUCUUCUGAAUUAAAGAACAUCUUAAAAGUGCCAUGCCUAUGCAGUCAACAAUAAUAACCAAGAGAAGAGGUAAGUUGAUAAAAGAAACUGAGAAACUUCUGGGCGUGUGGAUGGAACACCACAGGGAGAAGAGGACAGCACUUGCCCUCAAGCUGAUUCAGAAGGCUAUGAGCCUUUUUUAUGACUUGAAGGCUAAGGCUGGCAAAAGUGCUGUAGGCAAAAAAUUUUCUGUAAGUUCUGGAUGGUUCUGUUGCUUCAGAAGACAUGCUAACUUGCACCAUGUGCCUGCCAGUGGUAAGGGAGCAAGAGCCGAUGAAGUAGCAGCAGAAAAUGCCCCAAGAUGCUCCAAGAAAUCAUUGAAAAGGAAGACUAUACCCCUUAGCAAAUAUACAGUGUUGACAACAUUUAUAAGUGCAUUCAGAAUGUCAAUGCUGCAUGGAAAUAACAUAGUGUGACAUGAAUUCAGCAUGGAAGGUUUUAUACCCACACUAUGUUAACAUUUCAGAGGAUUUGACCAGGAAGAGGAGGCAAAAAAAAUCAUUAGCAGUCUUGUUGCCAUAAGUGGAAAGCUACAUCUGGACUUAAAAGACCUUGAAGAGCUGCUUGAGUUGCAUGCAGAGGAUUUAACUAAUGAAAAGUUAAUAGAGCUGGUACAAAUGCUAAGAAUAGAACAUAAGGAAGAAGAACCUGUCCAUGUUAAGAAGUUUGACACUAAAUUGAUGGCUGAGGGGCUUUCUUAUCUGGAGAAAUGUCUUUCUAUUUUUGAGAAUCAGAACCCAAAUGCUGAGAGAUUCUUGAAGGUAUCAACAGCCAUGAAUGAUGCUAAUCAUUGUUAUAGUCUCAUGUAUGAUGAAAAAGAAAAACAGUGCAAACUUAAUUAGAGCAAUUUUUCAAGCCAGUGCCUUCAACCUCAGCAGCCUCUCCAACUCCAUUCACUGCUGUACCUUCAACCUCAAGAGCCUCCACACAUUUAUUAACUGCUUCCUACUCAGAUAAAGAAGAAAAUGUUGCAGGCAGAAGAAACCUUUGACAAAGAAGAGACUGAUGCUGAAGACCUGCUGUAAGUUCACCAUCUCUACACCUCUCGUCUUAGUCUACCAGAAUCAUUGGUGAGGCAGUGCUGUGAGUCAUGUGAGCUGUGUCCACCUGCCUCCUUGAGGAUGGAUGUAACAGAGGUCAGGCAGACAGGAAAUGCUUUAUAUCCCAGAGAGGCUAAAGGAGUACAUGUAAAAGAUGUGCCAUGUCCAUUCAUUCCUAGUUUGCAAUAGGAGCAUAAGUUGCUGUUGCAUCUUUGUUGCUGAUUGGACAGUGGCUCUUUUAUCUUUAACCUUAUCAGUGAUUGGCCCUUGGCUCAGUCACCCUGUCUCCCACUUAGCACAAAUGCUGGACUCUCCAUACUACAAGUUAUACUUCUCUUUUCUCCAUCUCCCUUUUGUACAAUACUUACUUUUUUAUUUAUUCAUUUUUUUUUUAAUAUUGAACAGAAUGACUACAGUAGUUUUGAAUAUGAUAAAACAAUGAUUGACUGAGAUAAUGUAAGGUGAAAUCAUCGGCAGAACUGAAAAUGUUUAGACCCCUUUUUGUUCUGUGCUGCUUUUUUACAUAAUACUGUAAAUCAAAUUUGUGAUAUGUGAUAGAGAAAGUUCCCCAGAACAUGACGGUGUUGUAAGGUUUCAGUUAAGGUGGAAAGGAAGGCUGGUAAAUGUUUUUUUUAAUCUCAAGCUGUUGGUGCAAGACAAUGGAGGCUGUGUACAUGUGUUUGUCCUUACAGUGCCAAGCUGCUGUUUUGUGUCUACAGCUUUGGAUAAAAUGUUGCUACUACCCUUCUUUUCUGUCUUAUUUUAAAUCUAAUAAUACCAUUAUGUUUAGAAAAAUCUACAUGUGAUGUGAGCAGUCAUUAGAUGAGGGCUGAGUUGUUAAGCAGCUAGCUGUUUGUUGGUCCCUGAAGUGGCAAUAUCCAUGUGUGUGUUUGCAUAACAGGGUGGUUAGGAUGUCUACUACCCCUAUAGAGGCCUUUGGAGGAUGUGAUAGGGUUUAAUUAAGUCUUAAAUAAGAGUGGACUACCUAUGUACACACACACACACACACACACACACACACACACACACACACACACACACACACACACACACACACACACACACACACACACACACACACACACACACACACACACACACA